GUUACAGAUGCACCGUCCCACCAAGGUCACCUCUCAGAGGAGGAACAGGAGUCACCUAAGGCAGAAAAUGACAAUGUAUUUCUCAUCAGGGCACAAGGAUUCCCAUUCUCAUGCACCGAGGAAGACGUGCUCACCUUUUUUGAUAGCUGUAGAAUUCGAAAUGGUGAGAACGGCAUACACUUCCUCUUAAAUAGGGAUGGGAGACGCAGCGGGGAUGCUUUGAUCGAGCUGGAGUCAAAAGCAGAUGUCCAGAGAGCCUUGCAAAAGCACCUGAGGUACAUGGGCCCACGCUAUGUGAAAGUUUUCGAAGUACAUGAUAGUGAUGUAGAGAGCUUACUGCAGAAUCUGCGAGAUGAGUCACAAGCCAUUAAUGAUGGAGUUGUACAACUCAGAGGCCUUCCCUUCAACUCCACUGAGGAUGAUAUCACGUAUUUUUUCUCAGGUUUGAAAAUAACUGACAUAGUUUUUGUUUACCGGGGAGAAAGAAGAACAGGAGAAGCUUUUGUGCAGUUUGCAGCUCCUGAUAUGGCAGCUAAAGCCCUGCUACGACAUAGGGAAUAUAUGGGAAAUAGAUACAUAGAAGUGUACGUCAGUAGGAAGCAUCAAAUGCAAAAGCAUUUGCCUUACGACAGGCAGCCGUUGACCUACCACAGAGUGAGAAGAGAACAUGAAUACGAAGAAAGGGAAUCGAGUGACAUGGGUGGCUCCGACACUGGAAGAGGAAAUAAAUCGUGCAGGGAAGGAAUGGAAAGCUCCAGGCAUAUUGUAGAAUCUGGGAAUGUCUCAUCAUUACUGCACUUUGUUCAUAUGAAGGGUUUCCCUACCCAAGCUAGUGCCCAAGAUAUCAUAAAUUUUUUUUCUCCACUGAAGCCCACAAGGAUCCUGAUAGAAUACAACUCCCAUGGAGAUGCCACAGGAGAAGCGGAUGUGCAUUUCGAGAGCCAUGAGGAUGCAGUGGCUGCAAUGUCCAAGGAGGGGUCCCAGCUGCGCCAAGCGAACAUUCCGGGGAUACAAGCAUAA